AUGAGGAAUGCAACUUCAAAAGUCAUAGAGGAAUACAUUACAGACCUAGUACGCCAUACACUACAAGAGAUAACACCCAAAUUUGUCGUUGAAGAAAUGAGAAGCAGAUAUGGCUUGCACAUUGGUUACCACAAAGCAUGGCGUUCCCUCCAACACGCUUAUAAUGUCAUAAGAGGAAGCCCAGAAAAUAACUACACACUUCUACCUCAAUAUCUUCACAUGAUGAAAUUAAGAAAUCCUGGAACAGUUGCUAACAUCAAAUGGACCGCUGACAAUAAUUUUAAGUAUGCUUUUUUCGCGUAUGGAGCAUCAAUUGAGGGUUGGAAACACUGCAGACCAGUAAUGAUGGUGGAUGCAACCUUCUUGAAAUCAAAAUACCGCGGUGUGCUCAUGAUAGCAGUAGCAAAAGAUGGAAACAACAGCAUAUUUCCUCUCGCAUUUGGUAUUGCAGACUCUGAGAAUAAUGAAUCCUACAGGUGGUUCUUCAGACACGUGAAAAAGGUGUUUGGCACGCGCAAAGACCUAUCAAUUCUUUCCGAUCGCCACUCAUCAAUUGCAACUGCAAUCAAAGAACUGUAUCCAGAUACCCAGCAUGGAAUAUGCAUCUACCACAUGGAGAAGAACUUGCAGAAAUAUUUCCCAUCCGAAGCGAUCCUGUCACUGUUCUACAAUGCAGCAACUACCUACAAACAUGCAGAGUUUCGUACCUAUAUGUCACAGAUACAACAAAUUGACCCAAAAGCUGCAGAAUACAUAGAAGAAGAACCACUGGAAAGAUGGGCACAUUCAUUCCACACCAACAAGCGUUACAACAUGCUCACAACAAACAAUGUAGAAAACAUAACUCCCGUCAAAUUUGUUGUGAAAGAUGAAGUAUAUCAAUACAAUGUAGACCUGAAGAAUAUGACUUGUGAGUGCUUGGAGUUCCAAACUGACGAGUUACCGUGCACACAUGCCAUAGCAGUUAUCGAUAAAAGAAGUUUGCCAAAAUCUACAUACUGUGCGGACUGGUAUAACAGUUUUUGCCGGGAAAACAAAAUUGGUAUCUCAAAGACUACAUCCUGGUAA